CGCACUUGCACAUCACACUCAUUGAAAUUGAUAAGAAGAAUAUUCGAAAUAUGUAAAAUAACAGAAAGUCUCUCAGUUUCAUUUUAGACCUUGAUUGAAGCAAUUGACAUUUAUCAUUUUUUUUAAAUCAAAGUCUGAGAAGGUUGAACAUAAUCAUGAAUUAUGUGGCAUUAGAAAACAAGAAACAGGGAGAGACUGGAAAAAUCUCAUUCAUCGACCAUGUGUUAGAUUACACAACAAGAAAGGGUCUCGUCGGUGAAAUUGUGAUGAAAAUUUAUCAAUUCUUACUGAUAUUGCAUCAGUUAUGGGUCAUGAGUGUAACAACAAUAAAAGAACUUUGUUUGAAUGUCUUUCAAAGUCUGACGUUUAAAAAAAGAAAAGAUUUGUCAGAUGAAAUCGCUGUGGUUGUUGGAUCGUCACAAGGACUUGGUCGUGAAUUAGCUUUGAAACUUGGUGAACUUAAGGCAACGGUCAUUUGCAUUGACAUUCAACCUUAUAAACAAGAAACAGUUUCAAAGGAAAUUACAUCAUCAGGUGGAUCGUCGUAUUAUUUUAAAUGCAAUGUAACAAACAGAGAUCAGGUUGAAAAAACUAUUUAUGCUAUUGAAAGAGAUAUCGGAGAAGUGAGUAUGAUGUUCCAUUGCUGUUCACUUCCAUCAGCCAGGUCAAUUGUCAAUAAUCCUCCACCUGUCCAUGAAAUCAUCGAUUUGUCAAUCACAUCAUAUUUUUACAAAGUCUUGACGUUGAUUAAUCAUCAUUUAAUUCAUCUCUUCAAACAGCUUCUUGAUGCGAUUCUUCCCAAUAUGAAAACAAACAGCAAAGGUCAUAUUGUGUUCCUUACAUCAGUAGCUGCAAUCAGUGGAUUCACACAACAACUCGCUCUUAGUGUCUCGCAAUUUGCAAUUCAAGGUUUAUACGAAUCGGUGGUUGAAGAGUUGCGAUUGAUGAAACUUCACAAGAUAAUUAAAACGACAUUGGUUCAUAUCUAUCCGUUCAUUGUCAGUGAUAAGAGUGACAGCAAUUUUAGAGUUCCAGGCUUCUUUGGAUCUAUCCGAGCUGAUGAAGCUGCUUGUCACAUUCUAAACAGUGUUCAAAACAAUGAAUCGGAAAUCAGCAUACCCAAACAUUCCUUACUCAUCGGUCGUUUAAUAAAAAUUCUGCCACAACUUCAUUGUUGUAGAAAUAAAUCAUUGAAUAAAAAUUUCAAAAUGUCCUCAUCUACAAAAUUGAAGAUGAAGAUGUAUGGGACUGCCCCAGACACCAUGCCAGCAUUUUACAAAUUUUGUCAGAAAUUUGGACCAUUGGGGACGCUGAUGAUUUAUUACUGCAAAUUAUUGAUGAAGCUGUGGCAGUUUGCCAUCGCUGGCAUUUUGUUAAUAAAAGAAGGUUUUCUCGUUUUGUUUUAUUCGGUGGUUCCAGUUCCCCAAAAGAAGCUAACAACUGACACUGUUUUGGUUGUUGGAUCAAAUCGCAUUCUUGGAAAUGAACUGGCAAUAAAAUUGGGUGAACUCAGAGCUAAAGUCGUUUGUGUUGACACUCAACCACCAGAAAGUGAGAAAACUUCGAAAUUAAUUAAAGGCCUUGGUGGAAAUGCUUGUUACUAUCAAUGUAACAUAAGUGACAGAGAUGAUGUCAUAAGAACUAUUUCAACUAUUACAAAAGAAGUUGGAGACAUCACAAUGUUGUAUCAAUGCUGUUCACUGCCAUUACCACCAACUGCUGCUAACAAUCCCACACCAGUUGGUGAAACUAUCGAUUUAGCAGUUACUUCGUAUUUCUAUCUUAUUGAAUCGAUUCUCCCAAUAAUGAUUUCGAACCAGAAAGGUCAUCUCGUUUUCAUUAAAUCCGAUGCAACGUACAGUGGAAUAAAUCAACUUGCUAUUAAAGUCUCUCAAAGUUCAAUCGAAAGUCUUCGAGAUCAUGUUGAAUUAGAAUUAGCAAAGAAAGGAGCUGACGAUUUCAUUAAAGUUACCAUGGUUGAUGUUUUCCCAUUCGUCGUCAAUGAGAUCCUUGAUGGAAUUCGCGUUCCAGGAAUUUUCGGAUCAGUACGAUCAGAUGAGGCUGCACAGAAGAUUUUGGAUGGCGUUCGACACAAUAAAGAUUUAAUCAGCAUUCCAUUCUAUUGUUCCUACAUUAGCCGUUUUGUUUCAUUACCAAAACGUAUUGCUAUCAUGUUCAGAACAAUAUUAGACAGUAAUUCUUGUGAAUGUAAUUGAAUGGAUCGAAGUGAAAUUGAUUGUCAACUUAUUACAUCAUUUUCAUAUCAUGGAAAAAUUAAUUGUUGAUUUGUGAAGCAGUUAAAUAAAGUUUUGUUUUUGUAGUUAGUUGUGAAAGUCAAGAAAAGAGUUUUUAACGGAAAUAAAUUAUUUG